GAAAGUCUCGAAAGAGAACUUAAAUUAGCCCGGAUUAACCGUCCUACUUUACCAACUACUACUAAUAAUUAUGAAACUAAACUCGACUACUUCCAAACUGCUCUUUAUGCUCUCUUAAUUUAUCUCUAUUAUCAAAAACAAAACCCCUUGGCUAACUUUACCAAUCCGGAUUCUGCUACUCCCCAAGAAAUAGAAGAAGUUAAAAAAGUCAAUCAAAUCUUCGCUGACUUCUGUAAAAAUGAAAUCGGUGGUCAAGAUAUCAAUGAAAUUCGCACUAAACUAAAUGGUCGCACCCUCACUGAAAUCUUGGAAGAAAACGAAGACUAUGAAACCAAAACCGAUGAACUAACUCGCAAAAAGGGUGAACUAGAAGCGGAAAUCACCAGUCUCACUACCGCUUACAAAAACCGAGUAAAUGAAAAAGAACGACUCCUCACCCGCUUACAAGCAGAAAAAAAAGAACUCCAAACUAAAUAUAAUAAAAAAGCGGAGUCAUUAGAUGGAGAACAAUGUGAAAAUAAUAAGUUAGUUGAAAAGAUCACCAGUUUAGAAGAGAAGGUUAAAGAAUUAAACCGAACUAACUUGGAAGAAAGCAAAACGGUGGAUGAACUUGCUACUAAACUCCAAACUUGA